AUGCCUCCCGUGACGGCGGUCGUGGACAGCAACUUCGUGUUCUUGGGACUCACGGUCUUGGGCGAAGAGGUGACCACUGCCUACGGCUACGCGUGGGCGCACAUGUGGAAGGAGGUCUGGCGAUUGGUCAAGGAUUUCGGCGUCCUGCGCGCGCAGGGCCUCACCGGCCACAUCACAUACCGCGACUGGUACGGCAACAAGCUGGCGGAUCAGGCGACGAAGAGUGCUGCGGCGCACGGCAGGCUGGAGCUCAGCGGCCGUCGAAGGCUCGUGCAGGCGAAGAAGAUGUUGGAGGGCGUGGCAGUGCCCAAGCUGGAGUGCCGGCUACGCGGCGAUCCAGGCAAGAGCUGGUGCUCGGUCUGCCUCUGGACCGAGCGGCGCGGCGAACGCCCUGGCAGCAUAGACGUGCCGGUGCUGGAGCUGGUGCCGCAGAAAGAGUGCGAGCUGAAGCGCGAGGCGCCGAGGCUUGCAUGCCUCGUCUGCGGGGCCACGGGUGCGGCGCGGGCAUCCUCGUUUGCUGGGCCGCGUGGCGAGCCUGGCAAGGCGGGCAAGGCGGCGCUCUCGCGGCUCGCGAAGCGGCCGUCGCCUGGCGCGGUCAAGACCGCGGUGAAGCUGCGGCCCCUAGAGGGCGGCUAG